CGAAGGUGAACCAUGUCCCGCUUGAUUCCGGUUGCAGUGUGUCUCCCUUAUCUUGUCAUGAGACUCAUAAAAUACCUCCACUACUCCCGAGUCUCUUUUUUUUCCAUUUCUUUUUUAUCGGGGACUGGAGUCGUAAAUUCAAUGCCAGCCGAGUCCCUGGCCUUGUGCGGGAUCCGCGGUGGUUGUGCGAGGUCGCGAUGAAGGUUUGUGUGAGCAGACAUGUGAUGACGGUCUUGUUCCUCCUCGGGCAAGUCUUCCUGCAAGCCUUCGCCCAGGCGGCACCUCGUCCUAGCCAAGGAAGUUGCCAUACUCAGAAGAUUGCGGAUGGGACGAAACUCCUGUGCCAAAACGCGACGCAAUUGCCGAAGCCCCUGCCGGAGGGCAUCACCAUCAUCCACAUCAUGAAUUCGCGACUGAGUCGCCUCGAGGCGGAAGACUUAGACUCAACCACAGUAGAGACGGUGAAAUUUGAGGAGAACGUGAUCGAAGAGCUAGACGAGGGAGCGUUUCGACUCCUCCCCAAGCUAACGUUCCUUCAUCUCUCUAAGAACGUGAUUCAAGGCAAUGUCACGUGGUGCAACUUCCUCAACCUCAACAACCUUACUAAUCUUCACAUGGAGGACAACCAGCUCGGUAUCGAUUCCUUUUUCACCUUACUGGAACUCGAGAACGGAACGAGUGGUGUGCAGAACUCGGGUGAUUUCUGUCGGUGUCGCGUUAAUACCAUUAUAAAUGUUUCAUCUCCUCAUUCCCCCUGUGAGCAACUUGAGAUCCUGCCAAAUUUGAAGGUCUUGAGAUUGAGUGGCAACCCAAUAAAGAUCCUGCCUGGCGACAUAUUUCUGCCGCUUCGACGAAGUCCGCUUCUGAAUCUAUUCCUGGAAAAUUGUCAGCUGCGAUAUAUUGAUAAAGAUACCUUUGCCCCGCUGAAAAGUCUACAAAAAUUAUCCCUGAAGAACAACGUAUAUCUUAAGAUGGAGUACUUGGCCCGAACAAUGGCCACCAUCAGCUCCAAGUCCAACUUAUCCCUGGAUUUGUCUCUAAAUGAACUUAAAGAGGUGCCGAAGGACGUGUUGACUCCCCUCAAAGCCACUUUGAUGCAACUUUAUCUGAGCGGCAGCAACCUAGAAAAUAUCAGUAGCUUCUCCUUCCCUCACCUACCAGUCUUGGAUGUCCUCGACCUCUCAAUGAGUCGAAUCAGAACCAUCGAAACUGGUGCUUUCAACCGACUUCCCAGUCUCCGUGUCCUCGACCUCUCCGGUAACGUACUCACGCAGGUGCCAACAGCGACGAUGCUGCCGACCUUGAUCAUCCUGACCCUGAACAAUAAUCCGUAUUACGACUCCGCGGAAUCGAUGGAACGCACCGAUGACGACGGCUUGAUCAUUCCACCUUUCGAGGACAUGGAUCAACUUCUCACCCUCUCUCUCUCUGGCAGCACCGUCAAGACUCAGAGCAUCACCAGAGCUACAUUCACUGGCCUGAAGAACCUGAAGAGACUAGACAUCAACAACUGCAAAUUGAAAUCGAUCGAGUCCUUAACAUUCUCAGCCCUGGAGUCCCUGGAACACCUAGACCUAUCCGGAAAUGAGAUAAAUAUAGAUAAUGACGAGAUUUUAUCGGGUCUCACUUCCCUCAUUUCCAUCUUCCUUCACGGCAACGAGAUCACAUUUCGAGGCGCCACGUCACCCUUCAAGGACUUGAAAAAUCUUAAAGUUCUGAAACUGAGCGAUAACUUCAUCAGAUACUUGACUGGAGACCUCCUGCUCGGGUUGGAGAAGAUAGAGACUCUGAUCCUGUCCGAGAACAACAUCCUAGCCUGGAAAUUGCCCAUCUUUGCAACCUCGACGAAUCUAAACACCCUCCGGCUGGAUCGGAAUAAUUUAGUUGAGGUCACGGAGGGCAUGCUGAUCGACUUUUCCAAUUUGACGACACUGGAUAUCUCCAAAAAUCUGUUCGAGUGUGACUGCGGACUUUGUGACUUUUACAGGUGGGCCAUGGGAAAUCAUACGACGCUGGAUAACUGGGAAAAAGAAGGGGCCUACACAUGCCGGGCCAAAAACGGUACCGAGUAUUCUCUAUUGCACGACGGAGACAAACUGUUUCAGGACUGCCGAAUAGGAGGCAAUACUCAGCCAGACACCAAGUCCAAUGUGUUGGGCCUAGCCAUCGGGCUGUCCGUGUUCGUCAUCACUCUCUCGGUCCUGGGAUACUUUGCGUACCGGAGGUGGUGGUACGUCAAGUACUUGUACUUCCGCGCGAGGAGCAGACGGAAGAGCAAGAGUUCAGAGCAGAGCUACGAUUACGACGCCUACGUCUGCUUCUCCGACCAAGAUCAGACCUGGGUACUGGAGAAACUCGUCAAGAAUUUGGAAGAGGAAGGCAGUGACGUUCACCUCUGCAUUCACUUCCGAGACUUUCAGGUCGGCGCAUCGGUGACAACGAACAUCGUGGCGGCGAUCGCGCGGAGCCGGAAAAUGUUAUUCGUCAUAUCAAAGCACUUCCUGAAGAGUAGUUGGUGUUUGUACGAGUUAGACGCGGCACAGCACCAACUGCUAGAAGACAAACGGGAUGGAAUCGUGCUCGUCCUGUUAGAGGACAUGGACAAGUCCUCCACCCCAAAGGACCUCAGGUACCUUAUGAGAACGAGGACUCACAUCAAGUGGCCCUCGGAUCGACCCGAAGAAGAGAAACUCUUUUGGGCAAGGCUGAAGAAAGCCAUCCUCGUUGGCGAUAACCAGUGAAAAUCCUAUCAGGAAUGUUUCACCUUCUCACGAAUCUCCAUUGUACCAUAGACAUUCAUGCUAUUGAGAGGUAUUGAUAAAAUAAAAUAAAAACUAAUAAAAC